AUGAAAAUUACGAGCACAUCUUGCAUCUGUCCAGUCCUAGUGUGUCUCUGUUUUGUGCAGAGGUGUUAUGGAACUGCUCAUCACAGCUCCAUCAAGGUGACCAGAAACCAAACCAAACACAUUGAAGGUGAAACAGAAGUCCACCAUCGUCCCAAAAGGGGAUGGGUGUGGAAUCAGUUCUUUGUUUUAGAAGAACAUAUGGGACCAGAUCCACAAUAUGUUGGAAAACUGCACUCCAAUUCUGACAAAGGUGAUGGGUCUGUCAAGUACAUCCUUACUGGAGAAGGUGCUGGGACUAUAUUUAUCAUUGAUGAUACCACGGGAGACAUCCACUCAACCAAAAGCCUAGACAGAGAGCAGAAGACACACUACGUGCUUCAUGCCCAGGCUAUUGACAGACGGACAAACAAGCCUCUGGAACCUGAAUCUGAGUUCAUCAUCAAAGUGCAAGAUAUCAACGACAAUGCUCCAAAGUUCACAGAUGGACCUUACAUUGUGACUGUGCCUGAAAUGUCAGAUAUGGGUACCUCUGUUCUACAGGUGACAGCUACUGAUGCAGAUGACCCUACCUAUGGAAACAGUGCUCGAGUGGUUUACAGUAUUCUCCAGGGACAACCUUACUUCUCUGUAGAUCCCAAAACAGGAGUUAUUAGAACAGCCUUACAUAAUAUGGACAGAGAAGCCAGAGAACACUACUCAGUGGUCAUUCAAGCCAAAGACAUGGCUGGACAAGUCGGAGGGCUUUCUGGAUCUACAACAGUCAACAUCACCUUGACAGAUGUCAAUGACAACCCACCACGGUUUCCACAGAAGCACUAUCAACUAUAUGUUCCUGAAUCAGCUCAAGUUGGCUCAGCUGUUGGGAAAAUCAAGGCAAAUGAUGCUGAUACUGGCUCCAAUGCUGACAUGACCUACUCCAUUGUGAAUGGUGAUGGUGUUGGGGUAUUCUCCAUUUCCACUGACAAAGACACCAGAGAAGGAAUCCUUUCCUUAAAGAAGCCACUAAACUAUGAGAAAAAGAAGUCCUACACCCUCAACAUAGAAGGAGCCAAUACACACCUGGAUUUUCGUUUUUCCCACCUGGGUCCUUUUAAAGAUGCAACCAUGCUGAAGAUCAUCGUUGGGGAUGUAGAUGAACCACCACUAUUUUCCAUGCCUUCUUACAUCAUGGAAGUCUAUGAAAAUGCGAAAAUUGGGACCAUUGUUGGCACAGUUUUAGCACAAGAUCCUGACAGUGCUAACAGUUUAGUAAGGUACUUCAUCAAUUACAAGGCUGAAGAUGACAGAUUUUUCAACAUUGAUGCCAAUACUGGAACCAUUAAGACAUCGAAGGUUCUUGACAGAGAAGAAACUCCAUGGUACAACAUCACAGUUGCUGCUUCAGAAAAUGACAAUCCUGAUUUGCUGAGCCAUGUCACAGUGGGUAUUAGAGUUCUGGAUGUCAAUGACAAUCCACCCGAACUUGCCAGGGAAUAUGAUAUUGUUGUCUGUGAGAAUUCUAAGCCGGGCCAGGUUAUUCAUACCAUCAGUGCCACAGAUAAAGAUGAUUUUGCCAAUGGACCAAGGUUUAACUUCUUUCUGGAUGAACACCUAUCUAUCAACCCAAACUUCACCCUUAAGGACAAUGAAGAUAACACAGCCAGCAUUCUGACAAGGCGGAGGAGAUUUAGUCGAACUAUUCAGGAUGUGUAUUAUCUACCCAUUAUGAUCUCUGAUGGUGGAAUCCCCUCUCUCAGCAGCAGCAGCACCCUCACCAUCAGGGUUUGUGCAUGCGAGAGAGAUGGGCGCGUGCGGACCUGUCAUGCAGAAGCCUUCCUGUCCUCGGCUGGUUUGAGUACAGGAGCCCUAAUCGCUAUCCUUCUCUGUGUUGUCAUUCUCCUGGCAAUUGUAGUACUUUUUAUCACCUUGAGGCGCAGCAAAAAAGAGCCAUUGAUCAUUUCAGAAGAGGAUGUGCGAGAGAAUGUGGUGACCUACGAUGAUGAGGGAGGUGGGGAGGAAGACACUGAGGCCUUUGACAUCACUGCAUUGAGGAACCCUUCUGCAGCUGAGGAGCUCAAGUACCGGAGGGACAUCCGACCUGAAGUGAAGCUCCCUCCCAGGCACCAGACACUGUCCACCCUGGAAAGUAUAGAUGUUCAGGAGUUCAUAAAGCAAAGACUGGCAGAAGCAGACCUAGAUCCCAGUGUUCCUCCAUAUGAUUCUCUUCAGACUUAUGCCUAUGAGGGUCAGAGAUCAGAAGCUGGAUCUAUCAGCUCACUGGAUUCAGCAACGACACAAUCAGACCAGGAUUAUCAGUACCUUGGAGACUGGGGGCCUGAGUUUAAAAAGUUAGCUGAACUCUAUGGAGAAAUAGAUUCUGAAAGAACAACUUAGGGGGCCAAUUCUUAAAACCUUGUGGAAUCUGCUUCCUCAGCAAGUGGAGACAUAACCUCAGCAAUGACAAAGCAUAACCAUGGAGACAGUACUUGAACUGAGCAAGCUGUACACAGCUCCUGUAGAAACAAGUGCCCUUUCUACAAUCCAAACUGGGUUAUUUAAUCGGAAGAAAGCAAACUAUAAAAGAAAAAUGCAGAGAAAAAUCUGCUGUCCUUGUGUAUAUUUUCAAUUGCUCAAUAAAGUCUGUGGUACUGUUUAAUUAAGAAUACCUGAAAAAAAAAGCCAAACACGAAUAUUUGUUUCAAUAUUUUGUGAUUUCUUUUUUCCUAAAGCAAAACUAAACAAAGGGGCUCAAAAUCACUGACAACUAUGACUUUUAGGGGUGGUGCACUGCAAAAGGAAACUCAUGAAGGUAAUCAUGACCUCUUUUUCCACUUUUUUGAGUGGAGUCUCGAGAGCCACACACUGUUGUGACAGAUCCCAUUAGCCUUGUCUUGUGUUUAAAUUGCAUACGGUGUUCCCCCUCUACCAGACCAUUCUGUCAUGGACUUGUACCAUUUCCCUCUGCCCUCCCCACUUCUUUUCUCCAUACAAAAUUGAUGGAGCAUGGGGAUUUGCUGCCUGCACUAUAAAGUAUGCAACUUCGGUGUACCAGACAUGCACCGUACUGAGCAGGAGACAAUAGUCUCUGUCUCGUCUGCCCUCCUUUAUUUUAACAGGAGAUCCUCCUCCCCCCACUUUUUUUUAAAUAAAUAGAACGAAUGGUUGAAGGUAUACUCUGAAAAUCUGAUAUGUCAGGGAAUGAUUUAUUUUAUAAAUAGAUACAAACCUUAUCCUUUACAAAAUGUUGAGGAACUUUUUAUUUUUUUUCCCUUUGUUUUAGAAAACUGAAAUCGGCCAAAAUUUUUGCUUCAGUCUUAAUUCAUUUUCCAUUGUCAUCGUAGACAGUCAUCAAAAAUAUGUACCUCACAUGUUAUCAUAGUCUAAAAGGACUAUCCUUCAAGUAGCAUAAACAUAGACUCAUGGUUGACUUAUUCUUUACACGGGUUCAGACUUUCUCAGUCUCACAACUUAUUAGUCCUUACAUGUUUGAUGUCUACAGAGGAAUAUAUAGGACUGGGCACAAAAAGUAGGAGUUUCACACUUAUUAUCUUUGGACACAUGCCUGAAUGUCUCUGAAAUUCAGGGUCCAAAAGUGCAAGAUAGAAAUGGACUGACUUCCCUGCCUACCUCACAGGGCUGUUGUGAGGAUCAUAUAAGCAUCUGUAAAACUGCUUUACCCACUGCAAAGGAUUCUGCUCCAUACAUGUUUGCAGACACUAAUUUUCUAAUUCCAUUAACUUAUAAAUAUAUAUUUACAUACAUUUUACAUAAAAUAUUAUAUGAUCAUGGAAGAAUGUCACGAAAUCAUCAACAGUGUUGUUACUGUUUAAAUAUGUAAUGCAUAAGUCUAUUUAUUUUAAUAUUUUCCUAAACAAUCUAAUUUUCUUACUAUUUCUUGGGGAUUUUUAUUUUUCAAAUUGUUUUGGGUAAUGUUUUGUUGUUGUGUGUUGCUCUUGAUCUCAAAGUAAAUAUUCUUAGCAUAAAAAGUCCGAUUUUCCUAAGUAAUCCCAUCUGUAUAUUCAGUUAAACUAGAAUUUCUAAAUUCAUGAAAUGCAAAUUAUUUGAUGGGAAAAUUUUUCUUUGCGCUUUAAUUUUUUUUUUCAUGAUCUAGUAUUUCCGAAAGUCACAUGAUAUUUUGUGUAAUUCUACCCAUGUGCAAAAUUUUGGAUUUUGCCUCAUGUCACAGCUGCCCUGUGCUAUCAUAUUUCAUUUUUGAGGUAUGGGAAGAAAGUAAAUUUAAUUUGAAUAAUUCUCAAUUUGUGUUUUAAGCCUGAGGAAUAAAAUGUAAUUUAAGGUUUUUACAACAUUUUAACUUUC